CUGAGGCUGGAGAUUUAGGGAGCAUCUGGGAAGGCAGCCUCUACAAUCCGGAGAGAAUGAAACAGUCGGAAACAUGAGCAACGGCCUGUGUCACUGACGUUCCCAGUGAAUGACCCAGGCUCGGGCUCUCCGGCAGGAUUGUGAAGAUUUGGCCAGCUUGGUUUCAAGGCCAACUGGCAAAGAGCAAGUUCUGAGAAGCGAUGGUGAUGAGGGCCUUUGUCCUGUUGGCUGUCUUUGUGGAAGCCUCUGCGAGAUCUUGCACUCCGAAUAAAGCAGAUGUCAUUCUUGUGUUUUGUUAUCCCAAAACCAUCAUCACCAAAAUCCCUGAGUGUCCCUAUGGCUGGGAAGUACAUCAGCUGGCCCUCGGGGGGCUGUGUUACAACGGGGUCCAUGAAGGGGGUUACUAUCAAUUUGUGAUCCCGGAUUUGUCACCUAAAAACAAGUCUUAUUGUGGAACCCAGUCCGAGUACAAGCCCCCCAUCUACCACUUCUAUAGCCACAUCGUUUCCAAUGACAGCACAGUGAUUGUAAAGAACCAGCCCGUGAACUACUCCUUCUCCUGCACCUAUCACUCCACCUACUUGGUGAACCAGGCUGCCUUUGACCAAAGUCCUUAUGCAAAAUUCUCUCCCCUUUUCAGAGUGGCCACUGUUCAUGUGAAGAAUGGGAGCAUGGGCACAUUUGAAAGCCAGUUGUCUCUCAACUUCUAUACUAAUGCCAAGUUCUCUACGAAGAAGGAAGCCCCUUUUGUCUUGGAGACAUCCGAAAUUGGUUCAGAUCUGUUUGCAGGAGUAGAAGCCAAAGGGUUGAGUGUCAGGUUUAAAGUGGUUUUGAACAGCUGUUGGGCCACCCCAUCAGCCGAUUUUAUGUACCCCCUUCAAUGGCAGCUAAUCAACAAGGGCUGCCCCACGGAUGAGACUGUCCUCGUACACGAGAAUGGGAAAGAUCACAGGGCCACCUUCCAAUUCAACGCUUUCCGGUUCCAGAACAUCCCCAAACUCUCCAAGGUUUGGUUACACUGUGAGACAUUCAUCUGUGACAGCGAGAAGCUUUCGUGCCCAGUGACCUGUGACAAGAGGAAGCGUCUCCUCCGGGACCAGACAGGGGGCGUCCUGGUGGUGGAGCUCUCCCUCCGUAGCAGGGGAUCCUUCCGUCUCUAUAGCUUCUCAGAUGUCCUCUAUCACCUCAUCGUCAUGCUGGGGAUUUGCAUCGUGUUGUAGGAAAUCACCAGGCAGCCAGCAGCAUCUCCUCCACCCAACAUCACCUCCUGUGUCCGUGACGAAUUUUUAUCAUGCCACCAGCAAGAACCAACAGAAGAGCAUACUGUUGGGAAGCAGAGAAUAGUGCUUUGCCAAUUACGUGUUCCAGUGAUUUUUGUGAAUUUCAGUGAUUGCCUUUGGUGCCCCACUUCCUCCUGGGACUUCCUGCGGCUCCGAGAUCCUGCAGUUCCUCUCCUGCGGCUGGUGGAGAAGUCUCUUUUCCCCCAAGCUCAAGGCAGGGCUGCAGAGGACUCCUUUGAAAGCGAUUCUAAUUUUAAAAGUCUAGCACACCCAACCAAGUGCAGCUGAGCAUUGAGGAGAAUGUAGGGCAUAACCGCAAAGUCAGUGCUAAGUACAGAAUGAACAGGAAUAGCCAACUUUGCCAAGGGGGGCCUUUGUCAUUGAUGCCCUGCGAUGCUUAUUUAAGAACCAGGGCUGAGCCACCAGGCAGGGGGGUUUCCGAUCUUUCAAAUGAUAAUGCAGGAAUCCGACUGGAAUAUAAUACUCAAAUCUGAGUGUUAGAAAGGAAAACAACUCUUGAGAGGCCACCAGGGCUAACCCAAUUUGUUUUUAGUAUAGUGUUUCUUAAAUAAGGAUAAACAUUAUAUAGAUAUUAACUUGUUUUUAGAGCUGAUAGAGAUUUCAAAAAUCAAAAGAAAAUGAACAAUUAAAUAGGACUAAGAAGAAUAAAACCCACAUUAACAGAAAUUUGACAUCAUGAUGUGGCAUUGCCUAAAUGAAAGCUGGCACAGGACACUGGAGUGACAUCUGUGACAGGUCCUCUGAAAUUUGUCAACCCAAUCCUACUCUACAUCUUGUGAUGCGCAAUGCUCUCGCAAUUUUUUUUUUCUAUUUGAUCUAAGAAAUCUUCAUCUGUGCAGAAUGGUCUGACCUCAUGUAGU